GCUCGGGGGACUCCUCAUGGGCUAUGAAGAGCUUUCCUAGGGGCUCAGCACUGCCCUGGAGCCCAGCACUGCCUUGGAGCCCGGCCCUGGCCCCGCCCGCGGCCCCACAUCACAGCGCCUCCUGCUGGCCGUUGCCAUGGCGCCCGCGACGCCAUCUUGAAGCGGUGGCGAUGGCGACGGCGACGGCGACGGCGACGCCGGAGGAGAGGGAGGCGGGGAGGCUAGAGCUACGGGCGGCCAUCGGCUUCAAUGGACACAUUGCCUCAGGCCUGAUCUGUCACCCUGACAACAAGCAUCUUCUCUACCCGCUGGGAUGCACCGUGGUUAUCCAGGACCUGACCAGCAAGAAGCAAACCUUCUUGCAUGGCCACACCAACAACGUUUCCUGUGUCGUCGUGUCGAGCAGUGGGAACUACGUUGCCUCUGGACAAGUCACCUUCAUGGGCUUCAAGGCAGACAUCAUUUUGUGGGAUUUUCAGAAGAAGGAGUUGCUCGCUCGGCUGUCCCUUCAUAAGGGUAAAAUUGAAGGACUGGCAUUCUCUCCAAAUGACCUUUAUCUCGUGUCACUGGGAGGCCGGGACGAUGGCAGCGUGGUUGUGUGGGAUGUCCCGAGAAGAGAGGCUGUCUGUGGGAGCCCAGCCUCGGCUCGGAGCGCAGGCAAUGUGACCAUCGUGCAGUGCUCUGCGUGCAGAGACGAGAUGUUUGUCACUGCUGGAACUGAGACCAUUCGAGUAUGGGAAUUGGAUCUACCCAACAGAAAACUCCGACCAACUGAUUGCCAGACAGGGCAACUGAGAAGGGUGAUCACAAGCCUUAAGAUAGCAGAUGACGAUAAUUACUUUUACGUUGGCACAUCAACUGGUGAUAUCCUGAAAGUGAACACAAGGAACAAGCUGAUGACUGAUUUUGGGCCUCAAAAGAAGUUUUCGUUGGGAGUCACGGCGUUGCUUUUGCUGAAGACAGGAGAUGUGAUAGUUGGCACUGGAGGAGGGACUGUAGCGCUCUGUAAAGGCUCAAACUACAAAGUGAUGAAGAAUAUUCAAGUUCAAGGUGGUGUCACUUCCCUGACACGCAGAGGUCAGGGCCACCAGUUCUUUGUGGGGACGAACACGUGCCAGAUCUAUCGGGUUAACUACACGGCAUUUAAAGAGGAGCUGAUCACCACCUGCCACAGUGAGGCUGUUCAUGACAUCGUGUUUCCUUUUGGGACUUCAGACUUGUUUGCAACCUGCUCCAAAGAUGACAUUCGGGUAUGGCACACCCCAGAGAACAGGGAGCUCCUCCGAAUCGUCAUCCCCAACAUGACCUGCUAUGCCAUAGAGUUCAUGAGGGAUGGCAAGAGCAUCAUUUCAGCUUGGAACGAUGGAAAAAUCCGUGCCUUCAUGCCAGAGAGUGGACGGGAAAAGUAUGUCAUUAACAAUGCCCACAGCCUGGGGGUGACAGCGAUUGCUGCUACAAAUGACUGUAAGCGGAUCCUUAGUGGAGGAGGUGAAGGGCAGGUGAGGCUCUGGGCAAUCGGUGAGAAAACUCACAAACUGGAAGCAGUUCUGAAGGAGCACAUUUCUGCGGUGUCUUGUAUUAAGCUUAAGAAGAAUGACAAAGAGUGUGUCACAGCCAGCCUUGAUGGAACCUGCAUCAUCUGGGACAUUGGGCGUUUUACAAGAAAACAAAUGAUUCUGGCCAACACAUUGUUCAAAUGUGUGUGUUACCAUCCUGAAGAAUACCAGCUAAUCACCAGUGGGACAGACAGGAGGAUUGGAUACUGGGAAGUGUAUGAUGGCUCUGCUAUCAGAGAUUUGGAAGGCUCGCUAUCAGGUUCCAUCAAUGGGAUGGACAUCACAUCAGAUGGGGCAUACUUUGUCACAGGUGGUGACGACCAUCUGGUGAAAAUGUGGGACUACAACGAGGGGACAGUGACUCACAUUGGAGUGGGCCAUAGUGGCAACAUCACCCGUCUCAAGAUCUGCCCUGGGAAAAAGUACAUCGUGAGUGUGAGUGCAGAUGGUGCCAUCCUGCUCUGGAAGUACCCGGCCGUCCCUAACACUGGCACAGGAGCUGCUGCUUCCUAAGCCAGCCCUGAAAGCCCUUUCUUCUCAGAGCUGAGAUUUCCAAAGCACUUUUAUUAUUAGAGGAGAUACUAUUUUUCUACUCUCUGGUAUGAAUUUACUGGAUCUUCCACAUAUCCUUUCUAGAACUGAACAUACAGGCCUGAUUUUUAGCGGGGAGGCUAAUUUCAUAUUCCACUUAGUUUGGAGUGGAAGUUUUCACCCACUUCUGACAAUCCCAGGCUGUUACAGCACUGCUGUUUGGUUACUGCCACCUUCCCUGACAGCCCCCAGUCUGCUCCUGUUCAUAUGGCCUCAUCUGUGUGUGCUCUCUCCCUCCUCUCCUCCCAAUCCCUUUCUGCCCCUUUCCUUAAUGAAUAACUUGUUGUGUAAAAAUUCAGUCUUCU